UUUUAGUAGGUUCCUCUCCGAUCUCUUUUUCUUCUUCUUUUUCUCUUUCUUUCUUUUUAUACUCCAUUUCACCUCCUCUAUCCACAAAUCCAUCCGGAUAAAUAAUGUCCCUGUUCGGCUGGCUCUUUCGGAGUCGCCGCCGACGUCCCGUCUCAUGGUGCCUGUGGUUGAACAAAACGCAACACCACCAAUAUCAUACGACAAAGAGGCGUGCUAGAAAAUCCGACGAUACAAUCACCGUAGCGAAUGAAAACAAUUGCACGAAUCUCUAUGACAACGACAAAGACGACGACGACAACAACAACUUUGAUCAGGACCUUCUUUUUCAAUGCAUUCAGACGGCGUUGUUGACGACGAAUACGCCAACUACUACGCCUCCUCAAAAACGCUGGUCGACCGGUAUGUUAUUAGUCAACUUUGAGGAUAUCGAGCAGUAUUACUAUUGUGAACAGUAUCAGGAACAACAACAAGAUCGAAGAAGGCAGCAACAGCAACAAGCAUUGCUACAACUAGAGCGGGGAGCAAAUGUUCAUAAUAGUACGACAAAUCGAGCACUGGAACAACAACAACAACAGCAACGGACACGAACUAGGCGUAGAUCAUUUCGAGUGCAGAGCAUCCCUCCCACUUGUGGCCACCAUUUCUUGAAUUCUAUUCCAGAAGUUGUCGAGAAUAACACCACCAUCACCAACAGUUGCAACAGCAUUAGCAGUAUCUAUCAUCAUCAACAGCUGCAGCAACAACAGCACCAGAAAACGGUGCCGGCACAACCACCACACCAGCUCCCCAUCCCCUUAACUUGAGCAAAGAAAAGAAAACCCUUGAAUGUAUAGAAACGGAUAAUGGAUUCACCCUUGUGUGUGUGUGUGUGUGUGUG